AUGCCUAUUCUCCCUAGCCGAUCGCGUCAGUCAUCGGUGGUUGACACUACUGCUGAGGCACCAGCGAUGGACGCGCAGCAAUCGACACGCAAGAGCUUCUCAAAUAUCUUUGGUGGUGGCGCACGACGUGAGUCGACCGAAGCUCGCCCGAUAAGCAGCACCGCCCCGCGCUCGGACGCGGCUGCUGCGACGGACGUGGCAGCACCGUCCAAGUCUAGAAGACCUUCAGAAGUGGGAACGCCAGGUGAGGCUACCUCGUCGGCCACGGCACCUGCAGCGACUCAGGGUUCGGCCAACCCGGACUUCACACCCGUCGCUGGUCACGAAGGCAAUCUCACAGACGAGCAGAAAAGGGUCCUAGACAAGUUCCGUGAGGAAUUGUACGCAAAGAACGCCCUCGAAAAGAACAAUGCUCCUCACUAUCAAACGACACAGCUCCUGCGAUUCUUGCGAGCUCGUAACUUUGACGUGGCCAAGUCUUUGGAAAUGUACCUCAGCGCCGAGAAGUACAAGGAAGACAUCGAGCUGGAUCGGCUAUGUGAAGAGUUUGAGUUUACUGAGCGCGCUCAGGUCGCCGAGUAUGGUUGGCGCAUGUACUUCCACAAGACCGAUAAGCUUGGCCGCCCGAUCUUUAUCCAGGAUUUGUCGGGUCUCGAUACGGAUAAGGUGUUUAGCGUGACGACCAACGAGCGGAUCAUCCAGAACUUUUCUGUGACGCUAGAGAAGGCUGUCCGCAUGCGCUACUUGGCCUGUACGGAAGCGCAGGGCCACCUCGUGGACGAUAACUUUAUGGUGCUCAAUGUGCAGGGAUUGGGCCUUGGUACGUUCUGGGCGAUGAAAAACCGGUUGCAGCAGCUGCUAAACCUGCUCGACAACAACUUCCCAGAGCUAUCUGGCCGUGUGCAGAUUAUCAAUGCGCCCAUGCUCUUCACAACGAUCUGGUCGUAUGUCAAGGGUUGGCUGCCCGCCCACACGGCGGAAAAAAUCGACAUUUGCGGCUCCAAUUACCUGCCGCUAAUCAAAACGUUUGUGGACAUGGACAACUGGCCCAAGCACCUGGGUGGCAACUGCACCUGCAACGCCAAAGAAAAGACGCAUCUUGCCUGUGAGACCUGUGAUCCAGGUCCCUGGAAAAACAGCUCAGCUGCGGCGGGCCUUUAA